AAAAAGAAAAAGAUACGUCAAGUCAGCGAGGAUGACGACGUUGAGCAUGAAUUUCGUGAUCUUAGUCUUGACAUUGAUUAUCCACAAUCUUCAGUAGAUUCCUUUAAGGAAAUUGAUUUCAAGGAACUUCAAGAGCUCAGUGAAUGUGUGAAAAACGGAGAAACUUCUAAAGUUGAAAUAAAAACAGAUAAUGGCUGUGAUGCACUUGAAAUUAUCGCAAAUGAUGAAGAGACUGCAGACUCAACUGAAGAAGCUCAAGAGAUUGAAUACUUGCCAUCAGCUCCAAAUAUUGAAGGCGAACAAGUUAAAGAUGUGCCAUCAGUGCAUACGAAAUUUCUUUAUGACAAGACACUUUAUCCUGACUUGAAAGAUGUUGCAACAACUUCAGCGAUUCAAAUAACUGAGAAGAUUCUCUCACCUGUGACUGUGAAACCUUUCACACCACUCCAAAUCGAGCAACUCUAUUCAAAUCGGCAAAUUCAACUUAUUGAAAUGUUCGAGGAGGAAUUUGUUGAUAAAGAACUUAAAGAUGUUUACGCUCAAGAUCAUCCACUCUUUGUACUUUUGAAGAAGUUUGCGAAGAGUCGCUCGAAAUGUCUUCUGAAUUUAAGAAACAUUUCUCACAUUACAUCAAAACUCGACAAGGAUUAUAAAAAUAUUUGGAAAAUUGAGAAACGAUACGCUGUCGGUCAUGGCUCUUGUGAUUGUGGAAGGCCUGCGACAGCAAGCCAUACUUAUGAUCACGCAGUUUUCAAUGAAGACAUCAACAGUGAAGUGAACAAAAAUAUGAAAGAAUUGCUAAACUUGUCUUGUUUCAACCAUACAAAAUUCAGUCAAGAUUCAGAAUUACAUAAAAGACAAAUCGAACAAUUGAUUGCUGAACUAAUGAACAGUAAAUCAUUCAAUGAUGUGCCGAAAGAUUCGCCUGUUGCUCUCAACGACGAAAUUGUUUAUCCUGAUAUGAAAAGUAAAAUCAACGAUCUUCGUCUUUACAUUUCGAUUCUCUUCAAAUUCUUUCGCGACAAACUUCAUGACAAAUAUCUGAUAAAUUGUGUUCAAAAUUGGAUUAAGAAGCUUGUGGCUUUGCAACUUCGGAUAGCGACUUGGCAAGAUCACGUUUUUAUUCUAUUUCAUGUUCUUCGUUGUCCUGUUGGUGUUGGAAGUUGGGCAGCUGAAUUAAUUCAAGUUCCCGUGCUACAAAGACUUCCUGACGUCUAUCAAAAUCCUUUUACUUAUCCAGAAUUUCAGCAUUGUAUUGCGAUUCUAUCUGCUCUCUUGUUGCCUGUGAAAAAUCGUGGAACUUUUCUCGAAGGAAUCACAAAAGAUUUAAAUCCAACAAAUGAUGAUGUUAAUGAAGAAAUUUGGAUUCUCGUUGAUUCUGAUGGUGAAGAAGGCAGCUCGCCAACUGGAGAAUGUAUCGGACUGAAAGAGAAUGAUUUGGUUGCAAUUUUUGAUCAAAUUCCUUUUGAAAUGUUGUUUUGUAUGAUGACACACAGUCACAAAAGAAACGAAACUUACGAGUUGGAUGUGGAGAAGAUUUCCGGUCAUCAUAUAAUCAGAACAAUUGCAUUCUCAUCAAAGUUUAUUGGAAUUAUGAAGCGCGGCUUAACAACUUACGAUACUGAACGUUACAAGCAGUUUGCUAAACGUCUUGGUCGACUGAUGAAGAAUACUUUGUUCUAUAUCAGCGACAUCAUCCAACUUUAUCACACCAAUAAUUGCUACAAAGAUCCCGAAGAAUAUCAAAGAAUUCAAGUUGAGUUUGAUGAACUUAUCAUUCGAUCAACUCAUUUCAUUUAUGAAAGUCAAAAGUUGAGUUUAUUUCAAUAUUUGGCUGAAUUUCCAUAUCGUCACGUGUCAACAAAGUCGCUUUGGAAACUUUUUUAUUAUCUUCACGUUGGCGAUUUUAAAGUUAUUGAAGAUGACAUUACUCGCCGUAUCAUUGAUGAUGAUUUCAGUGCAAAGUUCAACGACGAUGUGGCAACCGACGAUUUGUUCUUCCUGCUUCACGCUUUCGCUCAAAUGGCACUUGCAAAGGGAAAAGAAGAUUUUGACUUCAUUAUCUUUAUUACGAUUGAUUUGCUUCAAAUUGGAUUCAUAAAUGAACGAACAAGAGACUUUUGUUACAACACAGUUAAAGAUUUAUUGACGAAUAUUACGACAAAGUUUCCAACCUUGAUCGCCAAUAUUUUCAAUUAUUUGAAAACAAAUCUUCAGAAAGUUGGAAAUUCAAGUUCGUAUUUGUUUAAAGCUCUUCCAAUAGCAAUGUGGAAACCAAAGACUGAAGAUUUGGAAGUUCUCGCUUCAUGGUUGUUGAACUUUGACUUCGAUUCAACUGAGAAUGCCACAGCUCGAGUAAUUUUUGCCGUCAUGAAUUGGAAUUUCGAUGCAAACGACAAACUUUUUCUGCCGCAUGAGAUUCACGUUCGAAUGGCUUUUCUUGUGAAUGAAGUUUACAUGAAGCACAUUGGCGAGUCGAUUGGAAGUGGCGUGUCAGAAACAGCAAGACAGGUUGGCAGUGGCAAAAAGAAUCCUUCAAAGAAAGAGCAAUUCUCGAUGUGGUGUUGGUCGAUGGUGUCAGUUCUUCGACUUCAUUUCAUGGAUCUUAACAAACAAACAGUGAUGAGUUUGAUUGAAAAUCCGGCGAUUGUUAACAUGGUGCCGGAAAUUGAAACAACUCAUGGGAUUUACCAAGGAUUCACGGAACAGAAACCAUUAUCGAUUUACAUUUCUUUGCUCAUGUCACAAGUUGGUCAUUCAAUUCCUCAAAUUUGUCAUCGAGGAUUUGAUCAACUCAAACUUUUGCUCAAUGAUUAUCGACAUUCAAAAGUCAUUCGAUGUCUUGAACUCAUCACGCCUUUGUUUGUGAGUUGUCAAAGCAGUUUAUACUCUUGCGAGAGUUUUAUGUCGGUUUUGAGUUCAUUAUUUGUUGCUGACAGAACAUAUGGAAGGUUAGCUAAAGAAGUGAUGACUGCUGAUGCUCGCGGACCUGUUUUGACAUUCUUCGGCAAUAUGAUUCAACAUCAAGUCAUAAAUUAUUCGAGAUAUGGUUGGAGUUCACCCAAUGAAUUGAUUCAACUUUGGCUGAAUUGUCUGACACGACUUAAGGAAUGGAACAAGGAUCAAGGCGUCGUUUGGGUUCUUGAUUUAAUUUGUCAAUUGGCUUAUCAAAAUCCUGGAGCCUGGUCACAAACAAAAGAAAUUCUUCGACCGUUUGUUGUGAAAAUUUCCGACACUAAAAUUCCAAAAUCUUCUGGAUUGUUAACAUUAUUAACUGCUGAAGAGAAAGAUGUUCUUGUCAUACCAUCAGAAGACGCUCCAAUUUUGUCUCUUGUUCUUCUUGAACUUGAAUUUCAAAGUAUUGAAAUGAAUACCGGAUUUUGGAGUGAAUUCUUGUGUCAAUUAUUGAUACAGAAUCGAACAACGCUUCCAAAUGUGCUGAAGAAAACGCUGCCAGCGAAACAACUCACAGUUUUCCCAUUCCAAUCUCUUGUAAUCUUCAAACUUGCGAAACUUAUCAUGAAAAUGUCGCCAAAACAUUUCAUUUUUCCGAUUGUUUGUCAGCAGUUUUUUACUUUGUACAUGAGUCGUGUACCGGGAAAUAUCUCGGAAGAAGCGCAUGGAGUUCAAGAUAAGUUCUACGAUGUUGAUGUGACUUUAAUGAAGAAGCUUAAAAAGAUAUUCAGCGAUUCAGAGAAUCUUCACAUCGAACAAGCGACGAAAUUUACGCAAGGAUUGAAGUCACAAUUUCAUACGACUUGUGCAAAAUUGUUUAAAACUUUCCUUCUUUGGCUGGAAGAGACGCAAUUAAAUAAAAUGACACAACAGCGAAUCAUUUUACCGCCACAAUACGAUCAUCCUCGAUUGAAAGAAAUUUUCCAAGGAAAUCGCGAUCAUUGGACGGAAUUCAUUUUCCUUCCUGAUUUGAAACAAACACAAAAAGCUGACUGCAACAGUUGGUUGGCAGUUUGUGCGCGAUACACUUCUCAGUCUUCGUCUUCAUUCACAGCAAAGACUGACGACGAAGAUGAGAUGAAAAUUGAUCAAGUUAAAGAAAAAUUGUUCACGCGAUUGAAGAUGAUUGGAAGGCCUUUGGAUCCACCAGAAUUGGUGAAGGAAAAUGUUCAUAUGGGCCGAGUUGAUUCAUCGAAAUCAACACUUCAACUGCUUAGAAAUGAAUCGAGAAUUUUACAGAACUUUGCGCAUCAAUUCAACAUGAUGGUAGACGAACACAAAGCAAUCGACUGCGCUUAUAGAGACACUGUUCGUCUUGCUUAUGUAAACGAAUCGAGCAUUCGAUUGAAGAGCGCAAUUUGUUCGAGACUUAUUGAAAAUUGUCAAGGCUCGACAACAAUCAGACUUGAGUUUAAAGAAGCAAAGCUAAAUGAACAUAUCAAAGGAAGACUUGACGAUAAUCGUGACUUGCAAAAGCAAAUGAUUGUAAAAGAAACAAAAUCACCUGACCCGAAGAUUGUUGAUGCAAAUUUCUGUCUCCAAAAUGUAAUUCAACAACUUCUUGAGCAAUACGAGAAUAGUCAAAAUCGUGGUGAUGACAAAACCUGCGAAUCUAUUUUGAAAAUCGGAACAAGUUUCUUCUAUGAGAUUCUUGAUGAAAUCAAUGAAGAGAUUCAGUCAUGUCCGGUCACUCAAGAACUUUAUUCUGUGUCGAUAUCGAAACUUGGAAUGUUUGUUCAACAAAAUCACGACACCGAAGGACAAAAUCUUCUCAAACUCGCAUUGAAACGUUCAAAUCUUGUCAAUUUAAUUGCAGAACUUUUUACACCGUCAGUGUCAUCUCCGAAAUAUUUUCUCGAAAUGUACAAAAGUCUUGUCGACUCAUAUGCGAAACGAUGCGAGCCGCAACUUCUUUUCGUUUUAUUUUCUAAAUUUGACAUCCCAAAAUGGCUUCAACUUCAUAAACCAAAACUUAUUGAAAUAAGUAAUUUAAUUCAACUUGUUAUUCGUGGACUUGAACUUUGGAACCAUCAAAACUCGGAUCUUCUUCAAGAUUUGUUGCGAUGUCAUCUUGUGAGUCUUUUUCUUCAUCAAUUUCCUGAACAUUACGGUGAAAUCUUGCAAAGUGUUCUCAAUGGAUUCUCCGCGCAAAGGUUGAAGCCAAAUGUGUUGUUGGAUCUUUUAAAUGGUUUUUAUCAACGCAUUGGAUGUUCAAAGCUUGAUCCUGAAAUGUCAAUUGGACGAAUGAAAGAUGAAAUGAGAAAUUUCGGUUCGAAACAAAACAUUUUAAGUUACAAUGACGUUCAUUCGACGUCACUGAUGUUGGCCCAUCAUUUCUACAAUGAAAGACUUCAAUAUGGCUUGCAUGGACUUUAUCCAAAGUUCUCGGAACAUUGCGAUGUUAUUUGCUUCUUAAUGGGCUCAAUUGGACAUUCAGCUGUCGCAUCAGCAAUUCAAUCAUUUCCUGGAAUUAUGGCCGAUCAACUUGUCAAUUGGCUUUGGCCAUGUUUAAGUGAAAUGUUCUCGCCUUGGUUGAUUCCUUACUAUCCACAAACAAUGAAAGACGCGCCAGCAAAUUGGAUUCAACAGUUCACGUCAACAAAUUCUGCGCUUCAACCUUGGUCAGAAAUUCAUGUUGACAAUGCUGGAAAAGUUAUUCGAAUGUUUGCAAUGUGCCUUCAAUAUGUUCUUGAUAUGCUUCCAGCAAGUAAUCUUCUUAUGGGUCAUUUGUUUUGUUGGUACGAUGGAUAUUUUGCAUAUAAAACAACACCAAAGCAUGUCCUUACACCGAUUCAGACACUUUUAAUGAAAAUGCCUUGGGAACGAUUCCGACCUGAUCCGAGUCACAUGGAAAGAUUGAACCGAAUUCUUAUGGAUUUUCUUCCUGAUUGUCAUUUGUUUGUUGGUAGCAUGUUCUUGCGGAUUCCUUGGACUUCAUGGCUUCAACAUAGCAUCAACGUGUGGGAUUAUCAAAUAACACAACGAAUGCUUUCAAUUCUUCUCAUGAUCAUCGUGAAGUUUUCUUACGAACCGAAAGUAAGAGAAAGUAUUCGAAUUAUUCAAAUUUUGCAAGAAUCUGUGAAGUAUCCGUGGCAUUUGUUGGAAUACAAAGAGAUUGAAAGUGUUCUCGAUUGGUUUGUGUUGUCAGCUGAGCCAUCUGUGAUUCUUAAAAUUCCUUCAGAACAUGAAACGAUUGAUUCUUGUGUUAUAAGUUUGCUUCAAGUUGCUUCGUGCAUGAAAGAGCUUCCAAGAGAUUGUCAGAAUCUUCAAAAGACUUCAGUGACUGCCAAACGAAUGGGAUAUGUUCGUUCGAUUGUGAGAUUAUUGAAAGGAUGCGAUGCGAAGCUACAUCAACUAAUGGAGACAAAAAAAGGUCAAGAAAUGUUUCAUCAAGCUUGCAUUUCUUUGUUUUCUUCAAUUGAAUCGUGCGUGUCUAAUGGAAUAACUGAUGAAGCAACAACGAUGGAGAUGACAAACUUGUUGAUUCCAAUCGUUCAAAAUAUGGCAAUUCCUGAAUCAACAUCAAAAUUAUUUGCUGAUUCUAUUGGAUUGUGGCAAACGAGUAGUCAAACAGGAAACAUUGUCUUAUGUUGCAUGUUGAAUGCACUUAAAGUUCAGAAACAUUGGACGUUGCGCGUUUAUCAAGUUCUUGAAUCAACUUUAUUCAACUACAUGAGAGUUUCAGAACUUUGUCCAAAUCACACUCCAACAUGGCCUGAUGCACUUCAAAGAUUUCGCGCAUCACAAACUAACUUUGAUCACAAUAUUCUAAUCACCAAUGAUUUCUUCCUUUCGCUUUAUUUGUUGUCGAAUGUAAAGAUGCAAAAUUUAUCCGAUGACAAUGAUCGUGUGACAUUUUUACAAGAUUUACAAAUUAAGUUGGCUGAAAAGAAAUCCUUGGAAGUGCUCGAAUCAAAAAUUGCACUUUUGUGGGGAUUUUUAAUCAUAAGCGGUGGCCACAUUUUUAAACGUUCAGAAGCAGUGAAACAUCAGCUUUUGAUAAUUGCACGAUACUUCCAAGUUAAUGUAACACAACCUGAAGGUUGGAGUGAUGGAUUGUUGGGUGUUAUUGGACUGAGAAAAAAUGAUCAAUCAAACAAGAAGAAAAUUUUGCUUCGAUGUUUUUCUUGUGCUAUUUUUGCAAUAUUCAUUAACGAUAGUCAAAUUUCUUUGGAAUAUGAAAAAGCUGUGGCAGAAUUAAAAGAUGCGUUAAGUAAUAAGAAAUUCAAUGAUGUUCGCAUGGUUGGACUUCAAGCUCUUGGAUUGAUUGAAAGCAAGAAGUCGAUGCUUGAUGGAUUUAAUGAAACAAUCAGCAAUAUCAUCAGAAUGUUCUAUGAGGAACCUUUUCUUAACACAAUGGAAGAUCUUUAUCAUUGGUAGAUAGUCAUAUACAUGCUUAUUAUUUUAUUUUUAUAUUAAUACUUAGCUUAUAUAAAAAUAUUAAUAAAGAUUUAAAUAAAAGACUCCAAAGAAAAUAUUUCCAAAAUUUCAGCAAUUCUUUACUUUAGAUUUAAAUUGAAUAGAUAUUUAACGGUCUGUGAACAUUCGA